AUGGCGCAGCAUCAAGACCUUAAAAGAAAAGGAGGUGCUCCUGAUCAUCAGAUGUCAAGAGAUCAUGUCCCUCCUCCGCUAAGUAUUGAAGUACCUAAAAUGAGAGAUCUUCCAAACAAGUCGACACCUUGGAGUGAUGUCAAGCUUCCUGUUGACAUUCUUUUGUUGACAGUAGAGGACUGCGAGUUUACAGCUUGCUUUGCUUUCUUGGCAAAUCCUUUUAAAAGUUAUCACAUGAGCCUGGGGUACGUGUACUUUGGGACCAUGGGUGAAAGUAAAGAAGAGGCACUGAAAGUUGCUUUGAUGAGAUGUUCUGAAAGUUCUUCUGGUCCACGUGGCAGUCAAUUUGUUAUUAAAAAUGCAGUGAUGCUACUGAGACCCAAGGCUGCUUUUUCCGUAGGCCAAUGCAUGGGUUUAAACCCAAAACAUACCAAGCUAGGAGAUGUAGUGGUAUCCUCUAAACUGUCAACUGAACAAUUCCCAACUCCAGUAAGAAGAAAUCUUGGCAACCUCAACUUGUUUUCAACUGAAGGCUGGAAGCCACCAUUAAAAGAUCCAGUAGGUGAAGAAACAGUACAGGUACACCGUGACAGUGACAUAUUCAGUGGUAGUCAAUUCAUCAACAAACAAAGCAGUAUGUCUCAAUCUCGUGUGAUUGCAGUUGAAUGGGAAGGGGAAGGUAAGAUAUUAGAGACAUUAAGAUUCACGUUUCACGGCAGAAGUGAAUUUGUACCACGUGACCAAGUUUUCCCCUUGUUUUCCGUUAACUCUUUAUUCUUCUACUCAAAAAUAAGUAGUUUUAUGCCAGUUUUAAUGAUAGGAAUCGUUCGGGACUGUUUUUAUCUGCUAAUUUUCUAUUCUGAGAAAUUCUCAACUUGAGUCUGACGUUUGCCAUUUGCGGUAAACGUGAAUCUUAAUCUCUCUAUUGUUUUAUAUCUACAAAUAGUUUCCAUUUGAAAGUGACAUGAUGUGAGUAAAGUAGUCAUUAAAUUAUCUCCACGGCAUUUGUUCUUGUCCAGAAAGAGACAUGUUUCAUACCCUAGCUUUGUUUCAAACUAAAGCUUUACACAAAUGCCCAUAGAACAAAUUAAACGUCCAAAAAUUGAUUUUCUUGUAUCAAGACAACAGAUGGUCUGGAACCCAAGCCUGUUCCAGGCGUUCACAUUGUGGGGACGGCGCAAAGAGAUAUGUGAGAAGGAAGAUAACAGCAAAGGGUGGGGAAGGGGGGAGUAGUAUUCCAUCAAGAUUACCGUAAUCAAGAAGGUUACAUUUUGUUAUUGCAACGUAGAUAUCAGUGAAACGUUUACAUGCCAGCAAUGGGAGUGAGUGAAAAACGGAAUUUGCCAUCGUGUCGCUUUUCACUGGUUAAAAAAUUAAUCGCCUUCAACCUGCCCUUUUAUUGUGUAUACAUGUAAAGUAUAGGUAUACAAAGUAAAUUGCCCAAUUUCCAAAAAAGGUUCUUAAUAACUGCAGCAUUAUCAGUUAAAUAAAUACAACAAAGCCUGAAUAUGCAAUAAGGCAAAACUUCGAAUUUAUUUACUGUAGAGUUCCAGGAAUUGCUUCAAAUAUUCUGAGAAACGUAUCGCUUCAGUUCACGGGAAUCUUAUUACCUUCAUUUGCUUCGAGAAAACAUGACUUUCUACAUGAAAAAGGAUUUCUUAGAGUCAGGAUAUUCACGUUCAUGUUCAGCACAAUCUAGAGCAAUUGAAGUGUUCUCAUGAUCAGCUGCUUUACCAUCCUUUGUAAGAGCUUGUUUUUAACUAGGAAGAUGUUAGUUGUUUAUUCCGCUAUAAAUGUAAUUUUAGAUAAAAGACUUGCCGAACAUAAUAUCUGAAGAGUAUUAGCAUAUCCAGACCACAUAUAAGCAAGCUUGUACACUGUACAAUUUGCAAUUGAAUUACCUCUGCAAAAUACCUCUGCGAGUUACCUCUGUGACUGAUUACCUAUAAAAGUUGCCUAUCACAAUUGCCUCACACCAAGAGGGCUGAAUUACCUUAGGCCUAGAUAAGUGAAACAUGCUGAAUUACUUGAGUUAUCAACGAGUUAACUACGUGAGGAGAUUACACAUAUUCGAAGAGUUACAGUUCUGUUGAAGUUAUUUCUGCUUUGCUCUACGGACAAGUCCCCAACAAACCUGUACCUCUGGCAUUGUUUGUGACGUUGGCCAAGGAGCCCAACGAAGUGUUCUACUAAGCUUUUAAUUAGUCCCAUUACGUCCUUCAGUUAUUCGAAUUAACCCGCCGAUUAUCCGUCCAUUUGUCCGGCGCAACGCCGCGCAUGUUGUGAGAGUUAAAGACGAAGAACGCCCUAAAAACCUAACGUCACAAUACCGUAAAUGAUAAACGCCUACUUCCAAAACGCCUCUUGUCACUUUGAACGCCUCCUGUCUAAUAGACGCCCCCUGUGAGAAUUACUCCAAAAUACUAGGAAUUAGCCAAAAAUAACAACAAUGACAACAAUGAGCGAGGAUUCUGAUAGAUGUUGGGAUUUGAUAGAGCGACAUAGAUCUCUAGACGGUCUAGACAUAUCAACUGAUGGAGUGGAUUUUCCGCGCUACUUUUAAACUCUCUUGAUAUUUUCGCCGAAGCAUAUUAGUUUCGUUGAGCUUGUUAAAGUUAUGAGAAUAAACACCUCUUAUCUAUUAACGCCCCCGCUUGGACCCCUAGAUGCCUCGGGCGUUUAUUAGGUCAUUUACAGCACUUACUAACAUUUACAUCCCAAAAAUCUCAAGAGAGACUGGCUUUGGGCACAGGCAGCCCAGGCUGGUCACGUACGCAGCCUGAAAUUGUGUAAUGAGCACUCGGCCUGGAACUAAGCAACAUCUUGUGACCAUGGCAAUACCACAGCUUUUCAUUGCUAGCCAUGUUUGACCAUGGUUGGCAAUGUUGUGCCAGUAGUGUGUGUGACCGGUUGUCAGGUUGACUAGUGGUAUAUUGCAAACCAUGAUUACAAAAAAGAUAUAUUCUGGUGACCUAGUUCAAAGGGAAUAUUAUAAUAACAUAAAAUAUACCGUUGUGGAGGGAAUAUAAACAACAUGGGAGAAAAAGUCUGAGCAGUCUGAGCUUUUGACUCUUGUUCACAGUGGUUGAACAAGGCUUUGAAUCUUGGCGUGCAUAAUCAUUUUCACAUUGUAAGGUCUGUCUUUUCACUUAACAGGACUGUUUGCUGCAGCCCAUGAUAUGAACAUUGAAUGGGUGAUUGUUAAAGGGAUAUCACAUUUUUCUGAUGAUAUCAACACUUCUGAUGUGUCCUGGAAGUCAUUUGCUUCCGUCAUGGCAGCUUCUCUUGUGUCCACAAUGUUACAUGAUCCAGUUGUUUUUAAAGAAUGGCCUCACUAUCAAGGUAUGUCACAUCUCUGUUUUGACUGAUAAGUGGCUUUUCAUUACUGCACUCAUAUAAUACUAGAAGUAAUUCCAAAUUAGGGGAGUUCGUUCGAUGGGGAUGGGUGAUAAGUGCCGCCGAGAGGGAGGAGGGGUCGGUAGUUGGUGGUAGACCUGGUGCUUGUAAGAUUGAGAAAAUCAAACACUUUAAUCAAGUGAAUUAAUAUCAGCAAUUGUCCACUAGCGAGGGAAUAAUACAGGCCUAGCUGGCUGUGUGCUAUCGCAUUAAGUGAAAAGAUUGACCAUCAAAACUGUCUUAUCGCUUUUGUUCUUUUUUUAGACUUGACAGUCAUGGAACCCUCAUCUAGAAGCUUACCAGGUACUUUUCAGUCAGUAGAUAUACAGGAACCAUACUGGAUUUAAACUGAAACCACUGGUUCUGUAACAGUACGAAGUAACAACAGGUUUUAACACACCAUACUUCCCCUAGGAUAAUCGAACAGAUACAAAUUUUAUAGCGCCGCUUAGAAUGCAUUUCUAGAUGUCCAAAAGUACUCUGGGUAGCCUAAAACGUUUUUUCAAUGUAUUUAGGAGGAAACCGUCGUUGGGUGCCCCUGGUUAAAUGGAGUUGCAAUGAAGAAAUUUCCAGCGUGUGUUAAAAAUUCCUAAAAGGGGAUAUCGGUACUUGUAUUAAUAUAAAUCUACACCAUCCGCGAAAGCAGCGUACAUGGGGUCUGGCGGGCUUUAACUAGCCAUAGGUAAAAUAAACUAGGGGUGUGAAAAUACUACAAUAUAGCUGAUACUCACAAGAUUUUAAAUAACCAAUCAGAUAGCGAUAAGGUUUUGUAAAUUUAGUUCUGAUAGCAUAACCCCGCGGGUAUACUCGCAGUUUACAGCAUAAGCAAGCAGAUACGGAAACGAGAUUAUAAGCAUACUCCACAUACAAAUUUUCCCAUCAUGCCACUCCCACGGACAGUCUUCUUGUCUUUCUCUUGUUUGUAUUCUUUUAUAUGAUUUGACUGCAGCUUUAAGUAUUUGCUUUAGGGCCUGUUUACAGGGAGGUGGGGGACACUAUGUAGGUGUGGUACCACACCUGCCUGGGGUCCCCCACCUCCAUGUAAACAGGCCCUUAAUUAGUUGUCUCAGGUGUAUUUACUUGCGCUAAGUGUUUUGAUGUAAAUAAAGACUGUCAGAUCCCAAAGCUUGCGUGCGUAAAAUGUAUGUUUGAAACCCGGAAGUGCAACAUCUUUUCUGUAUUUUUUCUAUCGAACCCACAAAAAUGGAUAUAAGAUUCACUUCUAAUGUAUAUUUUUGUACCUACUUUUAGUAUCAAGAAGUUGCCGUUUUUUCAAUAUGUCCCUGUCUUAAAGUACACUGAUAUUUUUAAGAGUUUAAAAUUCUUUAAAGUAGACUCCGUAAGUCUUGAGGAGUGCCAGAAACAGCUGCGAUCACUUUAUGAAACCAGUAGCAAAGUCCAAAUCAUUCCAUGGGACCCGAACUCUGCUGUUGAUAUUGACGACAUCUACACAGACUUGUCAUGGUUCAUGGAUCACAGGAAACCCACAGGAGUGACAGAACAGCAACUUGACCACUACACUGAGAUUUUUGUCCGGAGAGAACCUAAUCCUGCACCAAAGCGAAUUUUGGUUUAUGGACAGCCAGGUAAGUAACUGACAUGACUGACGAACAUGGUCUUUAUUGAAUUGGAGGCAUGCAUCGAUAAGCAAAUGAUAGCUGCCAAAGCUAACAAACUUGUGGCCUCAAGUACACAAAUACAAGAAAGAAUAAACAAAGAAUAUCCAUCCUCGUUUACCAGCUAAAUGCGGCAUCCAUACAGGGCGUCGUACGAUCAGCUGGUGAUUUGCAGGCUUUUUGGCUGUACUUUUCCAACAUCCAAUAAUCUAAAAGAAUCUACGCAGCAGAUUGUUAAAUAACCUAUACAACUGAGAAUGAUAAAGAGACCAGUCUGUAAACAAAGCUAAGAAUUCCAAAGAGAGACUGAGGUCGAGAGAGAUCCAUGAGAAGCUGCUCAAACAGCUAUAAUAUAAUCGUUCUCCAAAUUAUAUCUCCAUAAAAAGGAAUUAUAAUUAUUAUGGAGAUCCUUUAUCUCCAUCAAUCAAACUUGGGAAAACGUAAUUGUUCAAAUAAUUAUAAUUUAUUUAUUAAAUAUUUUUGUGAUUACGCACGUAAAAAUUCAAGUUCAGAAGCUUUUUAGGGGAAUUUUAAAUUUAUUUCACUGAAUUUUUUAGAAAAUUCAGCAAAACUUCAGUAAAAUAAAUUUAAAAUUCCCCUAAAAGUCUUUCAAAACUAAUAUAAGUUCUACUAUUUUAAGGUUUCACUUCAGCUGACAGUUUUUUCACUCUUGUUACGUAGGAAUUGGCAAGACUGUUUUUACGAAGAAAACAACUUUUGACUGGUCCCAGCAGAGAUAUACAGAAACAUUAGGAACAUUUGAUCUUGUCCUUCUGGUGAAAUUACGAGACGUUAGUAAUUUCCAAGAUGUUCCGUCCAUUCUGAGGGCUUCUGAAGUGCUGGAUAGUAAUGGUGCAAUUUCCGUUCACAGCCUGUAUGAUUACGUUUGUCGCCAUCAAGAAAAAGUCUUGCUUAUCUUGGACGGCUACGAUGAAUAUGUUUACAGUUCAAAAAACGAGUCGCCUGUUUUCAAAAUCUGGAAAAAAAGCCAGUUAAGAGAUUGUUGUGUUGUAAUUACUUCGAGGGAAAUGAAAGCUGAGAUGUUGAUAAGUUUUAGUGAUACUUUAUUCAAAAUUGAAGGCUUCAAUGAUGAGCGUCAAGAAGAGUUCGCUCGUAGAUUUUUGAAAGAUGAUAAAGAUAUUCAAGAGUUUUUUAGGUACUUAUGGCAGCACAACCUAAGUGAACUAGCACAAAUUCCCCUACUGCUCUUAAUGUUGUGCUUGCUCUGGACGAAAACAACACGUGAAGAACUACCAAAGGAACGCGCAGACAUCUUCGCCCAGUUCAUGACGACCAUGUUUGAUCACAUGUGUGAAAAAAAGUCCGCUGAAUCGGUUUCUGCCAAAGAUUACUCAGAUGAAUUAUACGCAUUAGGACGCUUGGCCUUUGAAGCCCUUUUGCAAGGCCAGCUUUAUUUCCCUGUUAGUCAGUUACCUGUUGGCUACAGUUUGACCGAGAGGCUGAUCGAAGUCGGUCUUUUCCAGGUGUUAAAUAUUGCAAGUUUGAAUCCUGAAAAAGGUGUUUUCUUCAUUCACAAUUCCCUACAAGCAUAUAUCGCGGCAUAUUUUCUAAAAGAACAGCUACUGGCUGAGAAGGUAAACUCCUUAGUAAAAGUAGAAUCAAUUGAAACGAUGUUUUGGAUGGGAGAAGUGUUAGAAUUUGCCUGCGAGCUGUCUGAAGAAGCCGCACGUAAGAUUUUGAGUCAUCUGGAGAUGGUAGCGGAGAAGGAAACUUCAGUUGCAGUGUUCCAAUUUAUAGGUAAUUGCAAAUACAUACUAGUUCAUUUUCUUGAUAACGUCAGUCACACUUCAUUAUUCGCUGUGGAAGUUGAGAAAUUACUUGUGAAUAGCACUGAAGAUCAGAGCUUCAUGUCAAGCAAAUAUGACUCCCAAGCAUUAUAACAAACCUUACAAACAACAAAAAAACUUUGGAACUUGUUAGGCUAACAAGUUUUCAAAAACCCCAAUCGCAAUCCGUUUCAAUCUUCUUAAAAUUUGUCCAUCCAUGCCUCCAGUUGUAUUUGCUGUGUGAUGUAUACCUUCUUUUAACGUUUUGAAAGGUUAUACUUAUACGACAUCAUUCAAUUUGGUUGCAGUUCCCACAGUAGUUCCCUUUCAAUGAAUUUUUUCAAAUUUCUUGUAAAUGGUGAAAUUCACCUUCGUUACCAACAAUUAAUGCGUCUCCUAAAAGUGCUAUAUUAAAAAUAGCAAACAACAUCGAUAAACUUUGAAAAACUGUUGACACAUCACUGUUAGGCUGUCAAGCCUUUAAAAACCCACUUGCAAUCCCUUUUGAUUUCUUCUGUUUUACCCAUCCGUACCUUCGCUUGUAUUUCUGUGCUGUGAUUUAAGCCUCCCUUCAUUGUUUUGAGCGGUAUUUCAUAGUUUAUUUCUUGCUCAGCUUGGUGGCAAGUUCCCGGUGGCUAAAUUCCGUAACACAGCUCUGACUUGUAAGACCAAAUAUUGAGGUUUUUUCUAAUCUUGUGCAGAAAAACGUUAAUUUUGAUUUUCUGUGGGAAAAGAUUUUCCUUUACAUUCAUAUUAAUAUUUAGUGUAAUAUUCCACGUUCUGAAGGGAAACCCAUCGAUAACUCGGUAGAAUAGGUUUGUGUUUUGCCCGGGGGCGCUACUUGGGUUAAUUUUUGCUGGGUAUGUGCGCUGGCUUCUCAGAGCCCCUACCCGACCCGAUCUCAGUCACUUGUGGGCAAAUAUGUAAUUUUUGCGAUCCCAACUUAGUCACUUUCUAUUUAUGUAUUAACCUCAUGUUGAAUGAAGAACACUCUACUUUUCACCAACAGUACAAACAUUCUGGUACGUUUGAUGACUGCUAAUAUGAAGAACUAUCUUACCCCACAACUCAGAAAAUGUGCAACCCCAUUCUAGUAACUCUAUUGAAAAAGAGACCCCAUUAUAGUCACUCCGAUUGGAAAAUGCGACCCCAUCCAGCGGCACAUCCCCAUUAGCCUCUUAUAAGGAAGUACCCUCCCCGGGGUGUUUAGCUCGUUCAAUCAUAGUCCUUAGACCCAAAUGUGUUUUUUAUGCUUCCGCCUCGGUUUCAACAACAUCAUGAAAUUUUUUUUUUCUCCUAAAGAAAAACUGAAAAAGAAGACAAUAAAGGACAACAGUAACGAAGGUAAGGUAUACCCCUUGCUACAUACACUGCCUCAUGCAGUUAAAAAGUAGUGACAGGUACGUUGUCUUUACCAGGGGUGGUAGGGUCGUAGCUGGCAUGAGGCAAAACGACGAAAGCCGCGCAUCGUCUGGAUUUAAAAAAGAUUGUACAUUCUAAAAACGUCAAAAAUACAAUGUGGUGUUUCAAACCUCUAGAUUUUGCAAUUUUCUGCAUUGAAAGUCUGCCUAUGGUCCUGGAUCGUGGCAUAUAUCUUGAAUUUUAUAUACUUCUAAGUAAGUCUCUAACGAAACAAUCACUGUGCAGUAAUCUUUCUAACUGCUGCAAGAAUGAUACGUGAAUGUGUCUAGAGACUAGCUUACUUAACAUCAGUAUGAAACCUGAUGUCAUCUCUAAUUUGUCAAACCGAUUCUUUUAAUACUUUUAGAUUUGAUUCCAGCCUUUGUGCUAGCUAGAGGAGACAAAGCACUUGCUGCUUACCGCAGGGCAAUUGAGACUGGUGGUAGCACAUAUGAUAAACGUGUCAAGGUUUUACUCGUUGGGCAAGACCGUGUGGGGAAAACGAGCCUCGGUAAAGCUCUAAGAGGUGAACCUUUUGAUGAAGCCGAACUCAGUACUGAUGGUGUGCAAAUGAUCCCUGCUGUCAAGAAUGCUGGAACAGGCGCGUGGAGAAAUCCUGCUUCUCUUGAACACACGACAGUAUUUGAUCAUAACGUUGCUGCAGAGACCGCUAAGAAUUUAUUAAGCACACACUCGGAGCAGCCAGAGACGAAACAACCAACAGAAACCUCGAAUAAAAGUGAACCUGAGAAACCUUCUGAGAAACCAAAAGAAGGGCCUUCAAACCAAGCAGUUCAGUUAUCUAUUGAACAUGGUUAGUGCAAUAAACAUUCGGUCAUUCUUUAAUAACUAUUGCUGAUAGACUGGAAACUGUAGUUUCUGUAAAACCUGAAAACUUUCGGUUAUUUACGUAGACGAAACAAAAGAGUCUUAUGGGUUAAAAGUUGCUAUUUAAUGUGUUCGUGUUCGUAAAAUUAUCGGAAUUUUUGAUAAACUGGCCUCUCACACAGCAAGCUUAAACGGCACCCAAAAUACCGACUAUCCUGGAUUUUAAUGUGGCUAAAUGUAAUUUAGGCAAGGUUAAUCUCGAGCUAAUGCUGCCAGCGGUCUCGCCCAGUUUGCACAUGAUCUGUGGGGGCGCCCUUUGGAGUUCGCAGGGGCAAACUACGUACAGCCUUGCUUUUCUAGCGAUCGUUACGAUCAGUGCUUUUGUGAGCGAAUCUUAACGGAUUCAUUAGCCCCCCCGCCCCCCCCCCCCUGCCCCCUCCCCUCCCGGACUUCACUUCUCCUUUUACUUGGUAGUAUUCUGUGAAGUGUUGUGGAUGCAUCUGCAAGUUGUCGUGUUAGGCCUGUUGUACGGUAUAAGUCGCACCUGACGUGUGGGGGCCCGAGUCUGUCCCGUUUCGUCCGUGUCCCUGCCACUGCUGAAGACANUGUCUCAACACUUGAAGAGAAGAGCUUCUGACAAUAAAUACCUAAGAUCAGACCCAAUUUUAUCACUUUCCAAGCGAAACGAAAAUAGAGCCUGAUGUUGUGUUGGCAUUGAAUGGUAUUAAAAAUUCGAAGAAUGGACUUGACUCUUAUAUUCCCUUUUUUAUUUCUAUUUCCGCACAGAAGAGCCUCUUCCAUCAACAACUAAUGAAGAAAACCCUCCUGUCGACCAAGAAGAAGAAGCUUCAAGACAGACUCGUAAGUUGAAACUAUCGCCAACUUUUCUAGGUUAACACCUUCAUUUCCCUUCGUGACUUGUGCAAUACGGACUAUAGCUGGGGAAUGAGAAAUGUGAAAUGUGGAAAACAUAACGGUCCGACCUGGGAAAUGUAACAAAAUUCGACUCUGAUAAAAAAAAAUACACUAAACAUGUUUGGAGGUACAACAUGCUAUAAAAAGGAUGCCGAUUCACAGCUUCAUUUGAUUAUGCGGCGGAAGGACUCGUCUUCAUGCUGCAUUUCAGUAGGAACAUCCGAGAUCUCGCCCUACCGACAGAGUUGUUAAGGGUUGCGCGCUGUUAUUCAGUGAGUCCAUGUUUUUUUUUUUUUUCUGUUAUUAAAGCAUUUCUUACGUUUACAUACAAAAUAGAAAUUAAGAAGAAAAAAAGGAGAGGAGAGACACACACACACUCUUAUAUAGUACAAAUAGAAGAAUACAAAGCUAAACACACACAAAGCUAUUACAGCAAUAGUUACUUAGUAUGUAAAUUACAAUGACUUCACUUUAAACUAAUGAUGAAAUUAAUCAUGACAUCACUUAUUCGGAAAAACGCUUAUUUACUUUUCCCACUUUUUAGAAUGGUUAUUUAAUUUGUCUGUUUUCCUAGCAAUAUGGAGUUCGAUAUUGUAAAAUAAUACGUCUUGUCCUAGCUAUAAAACCAUUCUGGCAUUUCCGAGAGUAAAUAUAAAACUUACCCAAAAGCAAGAUAUGGUUAAACAGGAGAAAAUCUUCUGCAAUAUCGGACUUACCAAAAAUGGCAUCUUCCUCUUUAAGGUUAUCAACAGAAAUGUUAUAAUCGCGCAACCAGGACAAGACCUGUUUCCAAAAACUAGAUGAUACUUUAUUCAGUCAAUGGUGCCUAAAUAGCCUUACUUGUCAGCAUUACACCGUUAAAAUGAGAGCUGUGACCUCCACUUUUUGUUACGUUUUUAUCAUCUUCUUGACUUUUUACAACAAUUUACCGAAAACUUUAUCGAAAAUCCGUGUCAUGUUCUUUUACCAAUGAAUCACCUCAGGAUUUCUGCUUUCUUUCUUACAGAUCACUUUCCGCGGGGAGAGGAAGUAAUACCAGAUCACGUUGCUUUACUUUUAGCGGAAAAUCUAGCGAGAACCGAACUUGACCCUGAAGAAAAAAUUUGGCCAGUCAUUUGGGACUUUGCAGGACAGGACAUUUAUCGUGCCAUUCACCCAAUCUUUAUGUCGCCAGAGGACCUUUAUCUUCUCGUGUUUGAUCUUACAAAGAAACUUAGUGAAAAAGCAGUAUGUCGAGUGAAUGUGGGUCACAGAGAGCAUGCUGUAACAGCCCGCGAUGAUGAAGACACAAAUUUGGAUCACUUAUUAAGGUGGAUGGACUUGAUUCACUCUUUAAAGAAGGGUAAUCAGAAAGAGAAAGAGAAGGUUUCGUAUCCCCCAGUCAUACUUGUCGGUACUCAUGCUGACUGUGUAGACAAUCCAAGUGAAGCAAUGAAAUUAGUCAAACAGACGUGUUUACGUGUGUUUUGUAAACACAGUUAUUUACCACACAUCAGAGAUCGUUUAUCGAUCGACAACACAAACGCUGGCAAAUUAUUCAACCAGGAGGAAAUCGAGAAGUUUCGAGAGGCGAUUCUUAAGGUAGCUGAUGAAAUGCCUCACACGAAGAAGCCGAUCCCUUUACAAUGGCAUCGUGUUGAGAAGGAAAUUAGUCAACCGAAAUGGCAAAGACGCAAGUUCCUUUUUAAGGAAUCUUUUCGUGAAGAUAUUGUUUCUCCCUAUUGCGCUUUUGAAAAUGAGGAUGAUGACUUUGAAGAACUUGUGCAUUUUUUGCAUAGCCGUGGGACAAUAGUGUACCAUGAACAUGAGUAUGAUGGUCUGGUUAUUUUGGAUCCCCAGUGGUUAAUCAAAAUAUUCUGCAAGAUUAUCAACGUAAAUCCACAGGAGAAAGAACCAAUGGACGUAGAAGCAGAUCGUACGGAAUUGGAAGAAAAAGGAAUUCUUUCCGAAAAGUUGAUUGAUCAUACCUGCCGCAAUGAAAGUCUGAGUCCCAUUAAGGACCAUUUGAUUUCUUUAAUGGAUAAGUUCAACCUCAUCUGCCGUCAAAAAACAGGAGAAUCGCAGUUCUUAGUCCCUUGUAUGCUGCGGACUACUACUAAUGAAGAAGAGGAAAAUGAAACUGGAUCAACUGUACCUAUCUACCUCAGGUUUCAAACUGAGUAUGUUCCAAAUGGACUAUUCUCCCGACUUAUUGUGCUGUUUGUGAAAAAUCCGCAGUACACAAAUAUGUACGAGCUGACAUCAAAUAAAGCUGAAUUUAUCCUUGACAAGAAUAGCAGCCAUCCGUUUCAAAUGGUGCGCUACAAGAGUGUUAUUAAGCUGGGGUUUGGAAAAGCUGAAGGCAAUCCGCCCAAAGAGGAUUAUGUUAAUGUUUUAAGGUAA